AUUAGCUACUGUCUGUCUUAGCCGUCCACGUUCUCGUUCUCAAAGUCCACCUUUUGCCAUCCAAGGUAAUUGGACACAAGUAAUUGACUGUAUUUUUUGCCUUUUAUUGGUCACAAAGGCUUUCGUCUUUGUCUUGCAUUACCAUACAUAGUUCUCAAUGUCGUCGAACAUUAUAUAUUGAUGAAAAAGCGAAGCUUCUCUCUCUCUACAGCAGGAUCCUCUACCUCCCAAGCGAAACAUAUGUCGGAAAAUGUCCAUCUACAUCGACGCGUCUUCAUUGGGCCCAUGCCGGAGAACUUUGUCUCCGGUGAGGUUGCCAUGGAUCAAGAGGAAGGAGAUCUCAGUCAACUCGUGAAUGAUAUGGCCUACAAAUUCUUUCUUUUAACCGGCGGAAAUCCAGAUGAAUGGGGCGAAAAGAGCAAGUCCAGCGUGCACGAAGAAAUGCUCACCAAAUGGCGCGAGAGUGAUUGGGGCUCCAUCUGGAUUCGAAAAUUUGCCUCGUCAGGCAAAGUUCCGGACCAGAAGUGGGUAGGCUCUAGCUUUGAAGUGGGAAAAUUUCUGGGCGUGAACGUUCUCGAAUCCAUGGAGCCUGUCACGUCCGCUUAUUCUAGUCGAAAAGGCCUUUCCGACGUAUAUCUACCAUUAAUACCGGAAGACGAGGCUGGAAAGUUACCAUCAUCGCCACUACCUGCCGAGGAUUCAACGGCGUCUGCCAACGAAACGUUUAUCACCGCACCUUUCGAACUUAAAGCUAGUACUUCAUUCAGAGAGCCUCCCGUCCCAACUCAUGAGGAGUCUGAAACCUUUGUGACAGCCAGUACCUCACGACUACCGCCGUUGGAGAAUGGCGCCGUGCCCGGCUCGUCUGAUGGUGACAACCACAGUGUAUCUUCAGUUACGGCGCUUAUACGACGACCCGCCACAGCUCGGAACACUUCAUCCUCGAGCAAGGCCAACACAGAUGUAAUUCCUAGACCUAUUAUCAAGAUGCCGUCAUUCAUCAAAAGUGGUACGUUGACCAGCAAAAGGAAAGGAAAGCAAAAGGUUCACUAUGCCGACCCCACGCUCACUCCUAUAUCAACCACAUUGAAUGUUCCAGACCAGGAGCCCGUUGCUCCAGAAGAGGUGUUGGAGAGGUGCGGGGAAGCGGUAGAGGAGACGAGUGCUGGAGCAAUGACCCCAGCAACUGCUUAUGCAGAUUCGAACGCUGGGUGGGGAGGCGUUAUUAUGAGAGACAGGAUGCUCGUGCGCGUCAGUUACACAGAAUGUGAAUCUCUUGGGUCUCAAUUCGACGAGUACCAGCACCGGAUGACGAGUGGCUUGCGCCAUGAAGACUGGGCUGAAUUCAUGGUUGUUUGGAGGCGAGACUCCAUUGAAGUGUACGAAGAUUACACUAUUCCUGGGAAGGAGCGUUUGACAGGGCACAAACACCUUGCUUUUCUCGUUCCACUCAAAUCAGAACGAACGCGGCUAUUCUUAUAUUCAUUCGUUGAUUUAACCUUCUGCAUCACUUGCCCACCCACCCCUACAUACAACGGAACUUCAAAGUCACGAGCGUUUUUCCAUGUGGCAAAGGCAGGCACUAACAUUUUCGUCUUCAAACCCAAAAAUCGAUCAAGGUGCCAGGACUGGAUGUGGCAGCUGUGGUGCCACAUCGGAGGUCAAGUCCCAUCUGUGAUCGAGGUUCGCAAUCCAGGUUUGGACGCCAAAGUCAAAAUUGAUGUCCCUAAAAUGGCCACUGUGGAAGGAUACAGCAAGAUGUUCACGCGGGCUAAUGUUAUCGCCCUAUGUUUGCAAUCACUUCGCAAAGUUCCUGAUUGGAGAGAGGUUAUUGAGCGAGAAAUUAGUUUGGGUAAGGUUUUAGAGCUUGCGUGGCGAAUGGAUACCAAUUUGGAUUGGAUAUGGCUCGAAGACGAUGUGUAUGGACAACGACGAGGCUGGGCGGUUCUCUGUGGGUUGGCAUACAAGCAGGCUCAUCUCGAACUUCGUCUUGGGGAUCACUAUCCUUCUCGUCUCGCUAAACCCCUGAAUCAUAUCAACGUGGAAACAGAAGACUCUUUUUACCACGAACCUCCGAGUAUCGAAGGCUACGUGUCCCGCAUUAAGCCAAACACGCAGCUGAAACAACGCAUAUACAUGACCACGCAUGACGGGAAUCUCUUUACUCUUCCUACUUCGAAGGCGCAUCCCCCAUCGCCCUUUCCCAUUAGAGAUACCGAAAAUUACGCUCAGAAGCUGAAUAAGCACGAGGUCGAACGAGGAACGUCACAGAUUCUGAAUGCCACUGCGGUAGCUGAUUUGAGGAGUGUAAUAUCUGUAAGACGGGCGUUUCAAGUUGUUCCUUCGCACACCCAUACAGAGAUCGAUCCAGCGGGCACUGGGGACAAUCAUGGGGAUGCAAAUUCUUCGUGGAUGAAUGUCUGGUCCGAGCCUAGCGUGGAGGAAAGUAGCCACAGUGACAACGAAGACGAAGGAGGAGAAGAUAUCGUCAACAAGGCUUCGGACAAACAUCACCUAAGAAUGAAACGCUCGUUCGAGCUUCUUCUGAAAAAUGGCCAUGUCAUCAGGUUUGAAUGUUAUUCUCGCAAAUUUUCUCUGGAGUGGAUUAACAGAUUGCGAUUGUUGAUCUCAUACUGGAAAUUGCGACAUAGAGCAGAUGCCAAGGACGAAAUGGAUGUUUCUGCAGCACACAGGCCACGGCUGACGCCUAAAGAGCAUGUUCACGAUGCGGUGGAAGAUGUACCUCCUUCAGCGCCUCCGGAUCCCUCAGCGCCUUUGCCAGCCCUAACCUCCUUGUACAAUUGGUGUGUUCUGGAAGGUUGUAAAACCAUUAUACGAGGCGGGAAAAUACAUCUUCGGCGAGGACUAAGCGGGCAAUUCAAGCUCGCCCGAAUGAUCCUCGUUUCCGGAAGUCUCUGCUUGUUUCGCAUUAAAUCGCACUCGGCUCUAUACAAUGCUAUGCAUAAGAUCAGUCUGUCGGACGCAUACAUUUGUUCGGGAUAUUUUGCGGCAAUGGCACUUCCUCAAGGUCAAUACGAUCCUGACUCCAACAGCAUUCCACGCCAUUAUCAGGACGGUUUGGAAACCGAUGAUCCGGAAGAGGAUACCUUGUUCGCAAUUCGGUAUCGUCUCCAGAGCGAUGCGGAUGCGGAUCUUCCAUUGUCGGGCAAACACAAACUAGUCAUUUUUCGGACGCGAAACAAAUUGGAGCGCGAUGCCUGGUGCUGGGCUUUGAACACUGAAAUCGAGAAGAUUGCGAGAGCACAAAAGGAGAAAGAGGAAAAGCUGAGGGACACCGGCGGAUUGACAAAAUUAUGUUUAUAGCUUCUUUUCAGAUACCCUCUUCUUGAUGGACAUGGCGGAAAGCGGAACCGUUACAUACCACAUACUUGCAGCUAAUAUACUCGGCAAUAAUUGUAAUACUUUAAUGCAUCAUGACGACU